AUGUCUUGGUUCAUCGAAAAGAGCAUCCUCGACCAUCUCGGCGUCUGGAUCAGGACCAACGGUUACCAGCUGUCGGACCACGAAAAGCAGUGCGUCAAAAGCUACGACACCUCGCCCCAGUUCUAUCUGCCGGCCAACUUUGUGCUCUGGGGAGGCGUCGCCUACUCGACCCUGAACUUCAAUCCCAAGGUUAUGCCUCGCUGGCUGCAGCUCUUUGGCGUCGUCGGCAUUUCUGCAGGUGCAUUUGCGACCGUCUACUGGAGCUCCAAGUAUGCCGCAAAGUCCUGUGUGCAGUGUUUCGUCGACACUCAAGACAAAAAGUCUGAGCUCUACAAGACCACCAUCCAGAUCCUGAAGCAAUACCAUCACAACCCCAAGGAGUUCCUGGACAAGGAAAGGCACUCGCCGUCAAUGCCGUAG